CAACUUAUUCAACUUAUUCUUGUGUAUCGCUUUGGCUCGGUGUUGCACCGAGUUCUUGAGCGGAUGGAAGAACAUCGUGUGUCCCGCUUUUGUUCCGCAGGACACCAGAACUGUUUGUAUUAGAAGCGAAAACAUAUUGCUGGCCACUAGACUUGAUUACCUUUUCAUCGAUUGCUACGGGACGGUGCCUGAUCGUCGGAUCUUCCAGUGUAUGCAACAAAUCGAAAACACAAAUUUACUAAUACGCAAUUGUUAUUCUAACAAUUUUAGGUUGAAUGAACUUUUGUCUGGACGAGUCAUACGCAUUUUGGAAAUUAUAUUUACCACAACCCAACCGAAUUACCGGAAAUUGCACAUUGAGACGAUGCCAUUCGUCAGCAAUAUAACAAUGUUCGGAAUAAAUUCCGCAGGAUCAUUCGACCUGACGUUCGAUUUCCAACCCGUCAUCUACGCAUUACAAAUACACUUCUACAAUUUCACUUCCUUUACGCAGACACCUUUUAAAAACUUGACAAACCUUCAAGCUGUGAAAAUAAUACAUGGAAAACUGGAGUAUCUUCAGGAGAAUCUACUCCUAAACCUGAACGACCUCAAAGUACUAUGCUUGUACAAUAACAGAAUAAAAGAGAUUCCACGUGGAUUCUUUAAAAAUCUCACAUUGUUGAAUCAUCUAGAUAUAUCCUUUAAUCAGAUCGAGAAUCUGUCCGAAGAUCUCUUUUCCGAUCUCUUCAGCCUAGAAGUACUUCGGAUCAGAAACAAUAAACUGACGGUUCUUCCGGAAAAUUUGCUCUCUUCCCUUACUCAGUUAAUCGGUCUGGAAAUGAGUGAAAAUAGAGGAAUGAGAAACUUACCCAAAGGAUUCUUAAAAGGCUUGACACGUCUACAAGCAUUUGCAGCAAUGAGAUGCUCUUUAACACAUGUGGAAGAAUCUUUAUUUUCAGACACUAUAUCUAUGAAACACAUCUACCUAGAUUAUAACGACAUCAGAAGUCUCCCGGAAAAAUUGUUCAAUAACACGGAAAAUUUACUCUUUCUGUUUCUAUAUGACAAUAAAUUAUCGACUUUGCCACCUCGUGUAUUUUCCAGCCUAACGAGACUCGGAGCAUUAGACUUAGCGUACAACAGACUGAACCAUUUACAUAAAGAUAUCUUCAAGCACUUAUCAACACUGGCAGUGCUGCGGAUGUCUGAUAACGAUUUGUCCUCCUUGCACGAAGAUACACUUCUACCUCUUUCUGGUUUGAUAGAGAUCGACCUAUCAAAUAACAACUUUGAACGUUUACCCGCAAAAUAUCCUUUUGGUUCUAGCAAUUAUUUGGAAAGAGUAAAGAUGAGCAACUCGAGUCUGAAGAUUUUUCCUAAUAUUGAUUGGUCGAAUAACAACCUGACUGUAGUCGAUCUAUCCCACAAUCAAUUUCGGGAAGUCAAUCUACCCGUGUUUACAAGAAACUAUACCAAGAUACUGCUCAACCACAACAACAUCUCCACUAUCUACAUUGACUAUCGACGACAUUCUAAUAGUUAUCCAGUGUAUAACGUCACAGGAAACGUCAUCGAGUGCGACUGUCGAAUCAGACAGUUCUUGCGAUUUCUUCACUCUGGCAAAAACGCCGCCCGCAUUUUUCCAGAUUCCCAUAUCCUGCGAUGCAAUGGAGAUACCGAAAUGAAACUAACAGAAAUCUGGCCCAUUUACAGUGUCUGUCCGCAAAAACAAGAGUGUCCUUCGUUUUGUGAUUGCUACCUGACACUAGAAAGACAAACUGCGAUCGAUUGUUCUCGUAGAAAUUUGUCUAAUUCACCCGCGAAUCUUCCUACAAAUGCAACAUUCGUCUUUCUGAACUACAACCACAUUGCUAAUCUGUCCGAAGUGGACGGAACUACGUGGAAAAACGUCACCCAUCUCUAUCUUAGUAACAAUUCUCUGACGUCACUGAACGAUUGGGUCGUUCCGGAAAAUCUCCGCUAUUUGGCUCUGGAUGGAAACAAGCUGUCGGAUUUGCCCCCUUCUCUGAUGAAGCGCGUGGAAGAUUCCUCAAACUUCAGCAUCUUUCUUUCCAGAAACGAGUGGAAAUGCGAUUGUCACUCUGUCCAUUUUAAGAAGUGGUUCACGCGGAAUUUGCUUAAGAUCCGUGAUUCCGAGAACGUAACCUGCCAGAGAGUCAAUGGAGUUAAUAAUUCUGUAACACACGAACUCAUUCGUAGUACUCCACUAGAUAUGUUCUGUUUAGAAGAACCCGUGUUGCCUUUAUGGCAAGUGAUGGUUCUUACAGUUUCGGUAAUAUUCUUAUUGACUUUAUCAGUUCUUGCAGUCGGUUGUUUCCAUUAUCGACUUUCUAUAUUGGCCUUUCUGUACAGUCGAGACGUAUACUUGCCCUGUUGGAAUAUAGUUGUAGAGGAAGAAGGUAAACAAUACGACGCUUUUAUAUGUUACAACGGUGCCGAUUCUGCCGUAACCAUGGAGAUGGUGAAUCGACUGGAACCCACUUAUCGCCUUUGUAUUCACGAACGUGAUUGGUUGGCGGGUAGCCCCAUUAGCGAGAACAUCGUGCAUUCUGUCAAUAACAGUAGAAAGACGGUGAUAUUGUUGUCUCGAAACUUUCUGGACAGCAUGUGGUUUACUGUAGAAUUUCGUGUAGCGUACAACAGAAUGAUGCAAGAUCAAAUUCACCAUCUAGUGUUGGUUUUGGUGGAAGAAUUGGAGAAUCCGAACGAGCUGGAGGAGGACCUUCGUCGUUUGCUGAAAACCAAAACUUAUUUAAAGUGGGGAGAAAAGUGGUUUUGGGAAAAAUUAAAAAUGCUGCAGAAAAUGUUUUUGGCUCAAUUGGUGUUCCUUUGCACGGCAGUAGAGGGGUGGAUCUUCGUCGGCGACCGUUAUGGUUACAUCAGUGCAAAAAUGAAACGAAUGGUGGAAUGCAAAUCGAACGUUACCUCAUACAUCAACGACUUCGACAGAGCCAUUUAUUUGGAGUGUCGAGGAAAUACUUUCAACGCCGAACAGAUUCGUGCGUGCACUAAUACUACUUACUUUUCUUUUAUGGUGUUAAGAGAAUGCCUCCUUCCCUCUCCCGACGUCAGAACAUCCCUGGGAGAUGAAAGACUCGAGCAAUUCUUUUUGAUUUCCGAAAACGUCGCACCGAAUUCGCAAGUUAGCAUCAAGAACCUUCCGAAUCUUCGCAACAUCACUUUAUAUCAUAUGGAAAAUGUCACGUACGAUUUAAAAGACCUAUACAACAUCGAGAGGAUCGCGGUGUUGCGCGUGAUGUCGGAAAAAUUUCCAAACGGAUUAUUCAAUGGGCUCCCAUCGUUAAGAACGAUUUACGUAGUAUUAGGAAGAAUAAAAAGUUUUCCAGAAGAUGCAUUUCGAGGUUUGAAUAGAUUGAAAUCUUUAAAUCUCUUUGGAAAUCGUUUAGAGGAUCUUCCGGAGAGCCUUUUCCGCGGAUUGCGAUCUCUACAAGUACUUAAUCUAUACGGAAACUUGCUGACUUUUCUUCCUCACGCGAUAUUUAGGGGACUGUCGAGCCUUAAAAAGCUUUUUUUGAACGACAAUCGUGUAAAUAUUCUUUACCCUUCCCUAUUUGCAGAUAAUUUUAAUUUGGUCGUUCUGAACAUAAGCAACAACAGUUUCCGUUCUCUACCGGAACUACUAUUGCAAAACGUCUCAAGAUUACAGAGUUUCAGUGCCUGCAACUGCGACAUCAGUGAGUUGCCCCAGAAGAUAUUUUCCACUUGUUUUGACUUAACUAAAGUUCAAAUCUACGAAAAUCGAAUCGAUCGUCUACACCCCGAUUUGUUUGUAAAUAACGUGUUAAUCGAGAGUAUUGAUUUACACCACAAUGAUUUGCAAGAAUUACCUUCCAACAUAUUCCGUAAUAACAAACGGCUGCAGGAACUGGAUUUAAGCAACAAUCUUCUGACCAAAAUUCCUUUCGAAGUAUUUUCGGACAUUCAAAAUAUUAAACAAUUGUUUUUAACUGGAAACAGAAUAACGAAGACUAAGGAGGAAAAGUUCGACGUCUUGAAAAAUCUGCGAAUGUUAUAUCUGGACAACAAUCCUCUGGGUUCUUUACCGGAGCCGACACCGUUCGGAAGACUACCACGUUUGACAUCCUUGGAGCUUUCCAACACAUCCUUCACACAGUUUCCUCGAAUGGACUGGAGCGCGUAUAACAUCUCACUGCUCAGAUUAAAUUACAAUCGCCUGUCGAUACUUUACACCGAAGACCUCCCUCCGGAUAAUCGAUCCAUAAUUUCAUUGACGCACAAUAACAUCACCACAGUCGCGGGAAAAAUCACCAGGAAUAUGAAUAACGUCUUUCUCUUCGGCAACCCCUUCCGGUGUGACUGCGAUUUGAGAAAUUUCGUCGAAAAAGUUCAGUUUUCGAGAUUCGGUCGAUCGCUGCUCUGCGAUUCUCCUUCUGACUUGAGAAACAAGACUUUCCAGGAACUGAUUCCUUCCUACGUGGUGUGUCCCGUUGUAGAACAUUGCCCAAAAAAGUGUUGCUGUUACUUAUAUAAAGGCUUUUCGGUCAUGGUCAACUGUUCUUCUUCCAAUAUUUCCCACGCUCCAGCAAUACUUCCCGAAAACACCACAAUCGUUCACCUGGAACACAACUCUCUUUCCGCAAUAAAAAUUACAGACAGUUGGUCUGGAGUGGAUGAACUGUACUUGGACCACAAUCGUUUAAAUCCCUCCAAACAUUGGAGAUUUCCUUCUUCGUUGAAAGUUCUCUCACUUCGAUACAACAGUCUGCAAGAUUUUCCUGCAAAAUUUUUGCAAUACGUAAGUGAUUCUUCUUACAUUCGAUUGGACAUUAGAAACAACGCAUUUUGGUGCAAUUGUUCUUUCAAACCCUUCAAACUGUGGUUGAAUCGCAACGUUCAUAAGAUAGUGGAAACCGAAGAAGUAAAGUGCAGUAGAUUAUUGUCGGAGAACAACACCGUUGUCGUGUCUUCCAUAUUGAAUUUUCCGGACGAUGCGUUUUGUUUGCCUCUUUUCCUCGCAUCGAACGUUCCUCUGAUCGUUUCUGGUUCCAUGUUCUCUGUGGUAAUAGUUGUAACAAUGGUAUUCGCUUUCUUCUUUCUGAAAUACAGAAACACCAUCUUGGCUUACGUGUACGUGCAUUUCCCUUCGCUGUACUGCUGCAAGAUUUCCGAACUGGACAAAGAUAAGGCGUUCGAUGCCUUCAUUUCGUAUUCCGGCAGCGACAGAGACAUCGUCAUGUGUUUAUUGAAGGAACUGGAAGAAAACGCUCCAUUCUUUAAGCUGUGCAUCCACGAGCGCGAUUGGAUACCCGGUUAUGACGUAAUAUGUCAGAUAGAAGCUUCGAUUAGAAACAGUAAGAAGACGAUAUUGCUCCUGUCCGAGGAAUUCCUGAACAGCGUGUGGUGUCAAGCGGAGUUUCAAUCGGCCUUGGUUCAGUCUUUGGAGGAUAAGAUGGAAAGAAUAAUUUUCGUAUUGAAGGAUACUUCGGUGUGCGACGUAGUUCCCGCGGACAUGCGCGAGUUGCUACUCAGCAGGACCUACCUGGUGUGGGGCGAAAAGUGGUUUUGGGAGAAGUUGAGAUACGCCUUACCUCGUUACUUGACUGAUAAACCGUUACAUCAUCAAGUUCACGAUGUAGAUAGAAUGAUCGCGGAAUUAAGAAGCGAAAUUUCAACCAAUACAAAAGAUUACCAGAACUAGCGGUCACUUCCCGAUCCCGACCCCUUUCUUUCGUAG